AUGGCAACAUUUUUCCGGCGGAUAUUGAACAAACGAAGUGUCAAUUCACUCGUUCAACUUGAUCGUUUUAUAGGUGGCUGUCCUCAUCGUCCAGUAAUUUCUUUAACAAAUAUGACCACAAGGUUAUAUUCUUCCUCGUCUUCUUCCUCGUCUCCAUCGAGUACGAAAAAGAACAAUACAACACAUACUGCACCUCAGAAAGAAUUGCACUUUGUUCAUGUUCAACAUAUACAUCCACGAGAACUCGCGCAGAGCACGUUCUUUGCGUUGCAUAGACCAUUGUUAACCUUUGGUAAUGAACAAAUGCAACAAACAUUUGAAAAUGGGCAGAACCAACAGGUUUGGGAAGAAGAAGAUUACGAAGAGAAUUCCGGAUCCAAUGCUAACAACGCAAUACCACUCGCUAACCCACUUUCACCUUAUCUAACUACUACUCCAUUUCAUCCCAAUCAACCAACAAUUUCAAUGUCUGCUGCAGAAUCAAAGUAUGUAGUUAAUAGAUUUUUCUCUGAAAUAAAAUUAAAGUUCAAUCAAGAACAAUUAUUAAAUAAUCAAAAGACGACAGUUACGGAAUUAGAAGUAGAUAAUAUUGAAAAGGCUACCCAUGCAUUAUUAAAACAUGAAAAAGUUCGACCAAAGUUAGGAAAUGAUUUAUUAUCGGAUGGUCAACCAGUAAAUGUUUGGUUGAUAGUAUCAUUGUUCAAAUUUUCUGACAAGCCCAGGCUUAAACCCGCGAGAAUUCCGUUAAAGCAUCCUUUAUAUGGAUCUUCAACAGAUAUUUGUUUAAUUACUAAAGAUCCGCAAAGAACUUAUAAAGAAUGGGUUGCUGCACACAACGUUAAAUGGGUUCAAAAUGUAAUUGGAAUUUCUAAACUUCGUAAAAAAUAUAUACCUUACGAAGCUAAAAGAAAUUUAUGUGAUUCGUAUGAUUUAUUUUUAACGGAUGAGCGUAUUUUACCUCUUCUUCCUAAUAUGUUGGGAAAAUAUUUCUUUGAAAAGAAAAAGCAACCGAUCCCAGUGAAUAUUAGUAAAGAAUCGAAUUUCAAAAGAGAAAUUCUUAGAGCUUGUCAUUGUACUUAUAUGUAUUAUAGUUCAGGAGUAUGUCUAUCUAUUAAAAUAGGGACAACAGGUAUGACAUCAAAACAAAUUUUGGAAAAUUUAGAAAUGGCCAUUCCAGUUAUUGUAGAUAAAAUACCAAGGAAAUGGAAGAAUAUUCAAUCUUUACAAAUAAAGACAACAGAAUCUAUUAGUUUACCUAUAUAUAAUUCUUUACCUAGUUUACCUAUUGAAAUUGAUCCUAUAAGUUUAGAAAAUCCUUCGAGUCAUGAAGAAGGGAUGAAACGUCCCCUUAAUAAAAAAGUUAAGGAAGGAAGUGAUAUCGUUAAAGCAAAGGAAGGAGAAGAAAAAGUGAGUAACUCUGUAAAUGUUAUUACAGCUGAAGCAAAGGAUAGUAAUUCUAAAAAAGGAGAAGGGAGAGCGAAAAACAACGUAAAAGUAAACAUUACACUCGAACAAAAGAAAACUAAUGGAGAAGGAAAAAAGUCGAAUAAUGCCGUAAAAGUAAAAACUACAACUGAAACCAAGGAUAGCAUUCCUAAGAAAGGAGGAGAAGGGAAAGCAAAUAGUAAUGCAAAGGUACCAAAACAACAGAAAGCCAAUGUUGUAGGUGAAAUAAGAGCGAGUACUGAAGAAAAGAUUACAAAUGAAGCAAAUGAUAAAAAUUCUAAGGAAGAAGGCGGCAAAGCGAAUAGUAAUAAAAAAGUAAACACUAUACCUAAACAAAAGAAAGCCAAUAUUGGAGGAGAAAAGAAAGCAACUGUUGAAUUGAAGAAAAGUAAUUUUAAACAAGACGAAAGUAAUUCUCGAGUUCUAGCUACGGCUUCCAAUGAGAAGAAACGAAAAAAAACAUCCGAAAUUAAGAAUGUAAAGUCUGCUAUAGAUGCUACUACAAACAAAAAGAGUACUAAGGAUGAUGAUAAAAAAGAUCCUUUAGAUGACAAGGUAUCGGGUUUUAUUGCUGAACAGAAAAAGAAAAUUAUAGAACAAGCGGACAUGAACUCUAACAAAAACGUUGUUGGUAAUGAUAAAGCAGUAAAAUCUGCUGCUGCUAAUAAAAAGAAAGUAGCACAGGAGAAACCGAAAGGCGAAGCAGAAGUUAAUGGCAAUGGCAAGAAAAAUGGUAAAAGCAUUAAGAGAAAAAGAGAGGUUUCUGGAAAAAAUAAGCCAAAUAAAAGAAAAUAG